AUGCCUUCUUUCGCUCCCAAAAGAAGUGCCGAGACCAGAGAGAAAAUCUCCGAAAUCUCCGAACUAUCGGGGAACAGAUUUUGCGCAAUACGCAUAUCAUUACCAUAUGUCUGCGAAGAUAUCACAGUAUGGAAUGGUAUUCCAUAUGGUGCCGAUACCUCUGGCGACAAUAGAUGUACACCUCCAAAGAAUGCAACCCCUUGGAAUACCACUCUUCAAGCCAACAAGAUGGGUUAUAGUUGCGGACCAGGUAACCCAUCUAUAACUGAUGGCACUGUUAGCGAAGACUGCUUGAACCCCAACAACGGAGGUUCAUACAGAGGAAACGGAACCUUCCCACAAUGGAACGUCAAUUCGGAGACCGACAUGGUGACUUUAGAAGUUGGUGAUGGAUUUAGAGAGGUUCUAUUGGUAGCGCAGAUCAAGUCGCUGCUAUUACCAAAUACUUUUCCCACCAAAACCCUGUUUAGAUGA